ACGGUUAGACAUUUGUUCCAGCGACGGCUAGUGGGGACAUUUUAAAUUAGCAAACUGCGCUAAAGCGGUCGGAAAGUCAAGAAUACACCGCAGUUACCCCACUAAAUUUCACCAAACUCCAGAUUUUCCUCGUGAAUAUGGUGCUGCUCGCCUGAGAUGCUCCAGAGGACACACACAUGAGGACAGAUUUGCUCCAGGUCAGCCGCCCCCGUUUAUCGACUAACAACUGCCACUUCAGAGUCUCCACCCCUGGCCCCGCCCUUCAGAGAUGACUGAUGCCCAGAAGGCCAACGAGCUCCCUGAAUGCCCCUCAGAGGGCGGGGCCACAGCAGAGGAGCAGGACAUGCCACUGAGACAAGAGACCACGCCCACCAGCUCUCCGGCAGGCGAGGACCCAAUCAGCUCGCAGAGUCCUGACAAACAAGCGCCCGGCUUGCUCUCAAUGCCCUGCUUACUAAAGGAGCUCCACAGAGACUCCGCCCCUGGGCAGCCACAGGAAACAGCUCCGCCCCCGAGCUCCACCCAGUCGGGCCCACAGGAAGACAGCGAUUCUUCAGUGUGUCUUCGGUCGCCUUCGUCUUCGGGUCAUCUUGGAGACUCUGAUACUCUAUCAUCUGCAGAGGAAGUAGCUGCACCCACUCAAACAGCUGGCAGGAAGUCGCGGCGCUCUCAUUCAGAGAGCGACACAUCCACUGUCGCAAUGGCGGCUAAGAAGAACCGAUGCCAAGAGAAGCAGGUGAAUGGACGAGUGCGGGUUCGAGGGCCGCGCAGCCAGAGGCAGAAGCAGCGCAUGCGGCAGCUGCGGCAAAAGAGGGAGGCGGCGGCCAGACGCAAACCAGACGUGCUCCAGGACAGCAGCACCAGCGACAGUGACAUCACAGCGCACUCGUCUUCAUCAUCUCCCUUAACGGCUUCGUCCGACAACGAGGGAGAGACAAUCAACUCUCACGCACCAGCUGGCCAUCGCCGAGCCGACACUUCUGGAGCAUCAGCACGCGGGCGAGGCCAACUCGACUUGGGCGUGGCCAGCGGGAGCCUGGGCGGAGUCUUGGAGGAAGCUCUUACACGAUUCGCCGCGAUGCAGAGACAGACCGAGGAACGCUUUCGAGUGUGGAUGGAUAGACUGACCCGCCUGCACUCAGACGACGACCUUUCGUCCAGUGAAAAUCCAGAGGGGCGUAGCCAGGUCAGCUCCUUCCUGCCGUCAUCGGAGUCGCAGGAAACACUGGCGGCCUAUCAGAUGGCGCGACUCAACGCCAUGACUGUUCCUCCUCCUCCCCAGACUGCUGGUCUCAAUGGAAAUGCGGAGCCGCCUGAACCAAACGUUUAAAGAACGUUCAAGUAACAUCUGUGCCGACUCGCUGAAGUGGAGGCUUUGCACAAUGCACAGACUUUCUCUCUUUAUCUCCCAUUGAAGCUUUCAUUCUCUCAUUCUCUCUCUCUCUCUGUUAAAGAAACUGUUCACCCAGAAAUUAACAUUUGCUCUUCUUCAUGCCAUUCCAAACCCAUUUGACUUUCUUCCGUGUGGGUUUUUUUAGGAAUAUCACGUCAAUUUAAUGAGACAGUUCAUUCAAAUAUGAAAAUUGUCUUUUGUUUCGUCGUCUUUUUGAACAUAGUUAACAAUAGCCAUUGACUUCCAUAGGAUUUAUGGAAAUCAGCUAAUGUCUGACCAGCAUUCUUCCAAAUCUAUUUUGUUAUUAAGAGAAGCAAAACAUGCAAAUUUUUAAACUAUUUUAGGGUUAAUAUAUUUAUCUUUUGUAUGAACUGUCUCUGGAAUUAGUGCCGUCCAGCCCCUGAAAUGUUAAAUCAUUUAUAAAUGUCAUUACUUAGAUUUUUUUCCAAGAUAAAACUAUACUGGAAGACUUCUAGUGUACUUGCUUUAUGAAAGACAGAAUCAUUGAUAAAGAUUGAAUAUAUCUUUAUAUCGUAAUGCACUAAAGCCUGCUCACACCAAGAUACCACUAACAGUUUUAAUGCUAAUGCAUGAUAGCCUUGUUUAAAUCUUAUUGCAUGCUGGAGUAGUUUUAUUGAAUGCCAUUUUUAAUGCUGGCACUAUUUAAAGUAGUAGGUUCUGAUUGGCUCAGUCCUGUGAUUUUUAACAGCAUCACUCCUCUUUCCAUCUAUCAUUGUAGCUCUGGUGUUCAUUUCCCUAUAGAUUAGUUAUUAGGCUAAACAGUUAUUAAAAGUUUGUCUUUGCAUUUUACAAUCACAUUUAGCAGAUUGUGCUUUUAUAUAGUUACAUUUUUACACUAAUACAAGCAAUCAGACUAUUGAGGUUUGCUGUAUAUAGCAAUUUUGUUGUCUUUGGAAGUUGACCAGCCUAUCCACGUUUAAUAACUUAAGAGUAAUUUAAAAAGUGCACAAAAACACACAGAUUAUGAUGGAAAUUAUAGUUGCUGUUGUAAUCCAUAAUCCAUUUAACAUUGGUUUGUUUAUUCUGUAGUACACAUGCAAUGCACCAAGCAUUCCCACAGAAAUUAUAAUGAAAAUGAUGAUAAAAAGAAGUAGGAGGCUACAAAAUCCAAUCAAAAGUACUGUUGAGAUGUAUUUAAAUGCAUGUCAACACCGGGUGGUGUUGUGUUUCAUCUGAGCACUGAAAAUGCUUGUAAUUUCCACUGAGUGGUAUGGUAUUGUGCAAUUUGGUACAGGUCACGCACAUCCAACUUGCAUUUCCACUGCCAAAGUUAAAUCAAUGUUAUUCCUGCUCUGAAAAAGAAAGCUGCACGGGCUGUUUAUAUAUUGCAUGUUUUGUCUGCUCAAUUUUAACGUUUUAAAUUUAGUUCAAUGUUUCAAAUAGGAGGACAGUCUGUUCUUGCUUCGUCAUGUGGCUGUUUGUUACAAAAAGAGACAAGCUUUGUUUGAUCAUAGUUCAUAGCUGUUCACCGUCAAUCUAUUAUUACGAUGUCAGGUUUUGGCAGUUUAUUAAAAAAUGGCAUUAAGUGUCAUUGUUCGCGUAAAUUGUUUUAGGGCUGCACAAUAUAUUGCAAAGUUAUUGUUAUUGCAAUAAUAGUGUGUCCAAUAUACAUUUUGCAGAUGUGUGAAAUAAAUUUUUUUUUUAAUGCAUUGGUUUGUUUAUGUCGGCUCCUGUGGUGUAGUGGUUAGUGCGUCGACACAUGCACGACAAGGUGCUUACGGCGACCCGAGUUUGAUUCCACCUCGCGGUCCUCUGCCGAUCCUUCCCCUCUCUCUGCUCCCAAUUCUUUCCCAUCCGAAAUAAAGAUAAAAACCCAGAGAAAAUAAUUAUUGAAAAAAAUAUAUAAUUUAUCUAAAUUUGACCAACCAGAUGGAGCUUUAGUAUCUUUAUCCCCACCUUCCCAGUAAUUUCUGUUUAUCUAUUGACUGAAACAGUGAAACCAAAAAAGUGAACCCAGAGCUGAAAACAAUCACUAAUAUUUUCCCAUAUAAAACUUCCUAUAUUUUUCUAGAAUUUUGUUGCUGUAUAUUGUUUUACAUUCAAGUGGUAUGCAUACGAGUUUCGUGGUGGUCAUGUUUGCACCUUGACAGUUGUGUAGUCUGAAUUUGAAAUAAUUAGUUCAGGAAAAAAAGGGAUUUUAUUUUGAUAUCGAUAAAUAUUUAAUGAUAAUAUUAAUAAUAAUAAUAAUAAUAAUUAGAAAUUAAUAUUGCUUAUAAAACUAUUAGUUUUCUAGGGAAAUGUUAUAUUGUAAUGGAAUACUCGACAACAUUGCAUAUUGCGUAUUUCCAGUAUUGUGCAGCCCCAGAUUGUUUUACGUUCAAGUGCUAUGUGUACGAAGCGACAGAGUGUGACUGUUUGUAACUCAUAAAGCACCAUCUAGUGGUAAACGAAUAGCUCAGAAUCAAUUCAAGAGAGAAUCGCAAUGCAUUAAGAAAUUUUCUGAAUAUUUGCUGAGGUUUUCACUCAUUUUUAGUGUUCACUCUAAAUGUUUACAACUAAACUGUUUAAUAUUAUUAAAUAAGCAUUGCUAAUAAAAAUAGCUUUUUUCUAGGGACAUGUUGUAUUCUAAAAAAUGUCGUUUGCGCAAAACUAAACAACAUUGCAUAUUGCGUAUAUUUUCCAGAGUCGUGCACUCCUAAAUUGUUUUACGUGGUAUGAUACGAAUUAGCAGUAUGAACGUUUGUAAAGCAUACAGCGCCAUCUGGUGGUAAAAAGGCUCAAUCAAUUCAAGAGGAAUCGUAAUGCAUUUAGAAAAUUUCAGAAUAUCUGCUAAGGUUUUCACUCAUUUUUACCUUUCAAUAUAAAUGUUUCCACCUCGACAGAUUUUUUUGUCUAAAUUAGAAUUUAGAUCUGAAUAUUUUAAUAUCAUUAAAUAAACAUCACUAAUAAAAAUAGCAUUUUUCUAGGAAAAUGUCAUAUCCUAAGAAGUAUUGUUUGCGCAAUACUAAACAACAUUGCAUAUUGCAAUAUUGCAUAUUUCAAGUAUUGUGCAGCCCUAGCUUGUUUUACGUUCAAGUGGUACGUGUACGGAUUGGCAGAAUGUGACCAUUUGUAAAGCCUACAGCGCCAUCUAGUGGUAAACGAAUGGCUCCAAAUCAAUUAAAUAAACAUUUUAAUUCAGAAGCUUUCACUCAUUUUUGUCUUCAUGCUAAAUGUUUGCAUUUCGACAGAUAAUUUAAGUCUGAAUUUGAAUGAAUAAGAUCUGAAAGGAGUCUUUUAACUGUUUAUUUUAAUUUCAUUAGGUAAAAAUUGCUACUAAAUUUUUUUUAGGAAAAUGUUACAUCAUAAAACAAUUGUUUGCACAAUACAAAAGGACAUUGCAUAUUGAGUAUAUUAUCCAGAAUUGUGGAUCCCUAAAUUGUUUUACGUGGUAUGAUACGAAUUGGCAGAGUGUGACCAUUUGUAAAGCAUAGAGCGACAUCUGGUGGUAAAAAGGCUCAAUCAAUUCAAGAGGAAUCGCAAUAGAUUCCAAAAUUUUCAGAAUAUCUGCUGAGAUUUUCACUUAUUUAUAGCGUUCAUAAUAAUUGUUUGCAUCUUGACCAAGAUUUUUAGUCUGAAUUAGAAUUAAUUAAAUCUGAAUAUUUUAAUAUCAUUAAAUAAACAUCACUAAUAAAAAAAGCAUUUUUCUAGGAAGAUGUCGUAUCGUAAGAAAUAUCAUUUGCGCAAUACUAAACAACAUUGCAUAUUGUGGAUAUUUUCAAGUAUCGUACAGCCCUAAAUUGUUUUCAGUUCAAGUGCUAUGUGUACGGAUUGGCAAAGUGUGACUGUUUGUGAAGCAUCCGGUGCCAUCUAGUGGUACAAAAUGCAAUGCAUCGAUUUACUGUCCCAACCCUAGUGCCACAUUAUGAUUUGAUAUUGAAACUGUACCAUACCACUCAAUACAAACGAGCCAUAAUUAUCAGGAUAACUUUCAACAGUUUAUGGAGUUAAGCAGCAAUAAUAAAGUCAUAUGGGUUUGGAAUGACACAAAGGUGAGUAAACGACUGAGAUUUGUAGUUUUGUGUUGAUGAACUGUUUCUUUAACUUGAUCUUGCCUGUCUUCUAUUAACAUUUUUGCGUUGUUUUCUAUUGGCAUCUCAGGGCCGCCCUCCACAGUCAGUGCCUUUUAAAUGCUCUCGUGUGUUCAGGAGAGCCGAACUUUUCCAUUCACCAGGAGAUCAAUCAAUCAACCAUUCGUCAAGCCCAUAAAAACAGUGACGAAAGACUCUGUGACUGCCAUGUGUCUGUCUGUCUGUUCUCAUUCACCCUGGCAUGUCUACCAAAGAACACUUGUUGUGUGCAUUGUGGAUUGUUUUAGGUUUUUAUUUAAUCGCUUCCUUACGACGCGGAAUAUGCAUGUUAUGACUGACCACUGAGAGCUGUAAUGUGAUGACAGCCUGUACAUUUGGAUUUUAUGCUAAAUACUAACCUAGAGUGCACACAAAUGAGCAUCUGACACUAAUAGAAACGACCUUAAUGCAAUAAACGGGGCUGAUCCUGCUACUACACUGAUUGGGUUUUCCCUUGACGGUGUUUAAAACAAGAGAUACUAAUCACUGUCUAUGUAUGUAAUUAUUUAAAGGUGAUGUUCCACAAAGACAUGUCAAGAGUCAUAUUUUUCCCAAAAUUGAAUGAUUUGCAUUAGGGCUGCACAAUAUUUCUUUAUCGAUCUCGCAAUGUGUGAACCUGCAAUAGUCACAUUGCAGUAUCAGCAAUGUCAAGUUGGGCUUAUAGUUAAUCAGCACCACAGAACAUGGGAUUUGUGUGGUCAUUGCAAAGUUUAUCCGUAAAAUAGAGUGAAAGAUUUUCAUUUGGAUAUGGUUAAGACUUAAGCAAACUUAAACCAAGAGGUUAUGAAGGUAUAUAAACCAAAAUUAUUUGUAUUUAAUUAUUUAAACGAUGAAGACUAGAGCUCUGCGAUUUGGUGGAAAAUAUCAAAUUUCAAUUUUUUUUUUCCCCGAUUUGAUUUACAAAUUUAAUUUUGUAGUCAAGCUUCAGCUCAAUAAUCUGUAUUGUAGCUAGGGAUGGGUAUCGAAACUCUGUACUUAAUCGGUAUCUGUGCUAAAAUAUAAAAGAAACAAUAAUUAACGGUUCUGCUAUCGGUACUGGAGAAUUAUUGCUGAAUAAACGUUACUUACAGUAGCAAAAUUUAACUGACCAACCUUUUCUAAUUUGCGAUAUUUGAUAUUCAUCUGCACAGUUGGGAAUCUCACAUGAAAAAUGCUUGUGUUUCCGAUGAGUGCAUCAAGUAUAAAAGUCUUCACAGUUCUCGGCUAGCUUGCGACACAAACUCGUGCACACACAGCUCGUAAGCUUGCGGAGUGAACUAAACGUGUUGUAUUUUUCGAGUGGACAGCGACAAUACCUGUUGCAACAAGUUUUUUUUUUUUUUGUAUAAGCGGAAAUGCAAGAAAUCUGUCAAAGUGAAAGGAUCUUUCAAAAGUAAAAAGUUUUUGCUGCCUAACUACUAACGGUAAAAUUACAUCAUUCACAUCGUUAUGUCAUCAGUCAAUCACCUAAAUUAGUAUAAUGUUAUUGGUUAAAUAAACACACAUUUAGUUACAAUGAAAACUAUUUUUUUCUGCAGUAGCCUAAAAAUAUCUUAAACAUUAAACAUGCUUUUACAUUGGCUGUAUUUACAAAUAUAGCCUAUUUAUAGCCUAAUAAUAAAAUACUUAUUAAGAAAUUAUAAAAAAAACAGCUUGUUUCUACAUUGCAAAAUGCUUUUAAACUGUAAUAAAAACUGUUAACUCCCAAAACACUGUUAACUCAUUAAUGUGAAUGAGUUAAUGACAAAUUAUAAACAUUAUCUGAUUAUUUAACUGCAUUUUGCAACUUAGAGGGGAUCCCAACGUCUACCAGAAAAGUCAAACAUGUUGAUUUUUCUCCAGAAGAAUGGUUAAAAACUGAGUCAUUUUCCUUUAAAGCAUUGUACAUUCUUUUACAGUUUUACAAUUAUUGGUUUCGUUUUAUUUCACAUUAAAAACGUAAUAAUAAAAUAAGUUGUUGAUUUUUGUUCAAUUUAUUUAUUUAUUUAUUUUUUCAUAAACACUACAAAAAGUACCAAUUAGAGAACUGUUAAUGUACCGAACCAAUAAGUGGUAUCAAUAAAAGUAGUAAUAGUUAAAACCUUAACGAUACCCUUCCUUAAUUGUAGCGUCCUACUGCGAAAAUGCAGUGAAUAAACUGAAAAGGUAUUAACCUCAUUUAUUCAUUUUCUUUUCAGCUUAGUCCCUUUAUUAAUCAGGGUUCGCCACAGUGGAAUGAACCGUCAUAUAUUGACUUAAACAUUUAUUCAAAUAUAUUUUUAAACAUUCAGAACUGAAACGCUCAUUUUUCUCUAGAGCAAACAGUAAGCACAAAUGAAAUGACCUUACCUUUCUGUAAACAAGGUGAACUCAAAUCAGAGAGAUAGUGUAGCUUAUUACAAAACCAAAAAAUAAUAAUUAUAGAAAUACAGAACCCUCAAAAUGGCUGAAACAACUCUGAAAAUAUACUUUGCUGUUGCUUGCCACUAGAUUAGGUGUCACUGGCGAUACUUUCAGUUGGCUUCUUAGCAAGACACACAAACAGCAGUCAUGCAUUUGCUCCGGGCAGGGGAGAUUAAUUAAAUUACUUAAUACAAAUAUAUUUCAUAUCACAGCCUCUUGCGAUAAGCUAAUCUCAACAUUUGAAAUCCAAUUCGAUUUUCGAAUAAUCGCACGGCCCUAAUACAGACUAUACACUAUUAUAUUAUAAAUAUAUUUAUUGUACCUCAAGAUACCACAGAAAACCAUCAAAUCCAUUUGUAUCUGUUCAGUUGUAAUGUAUUUUAGGCUGACACUCCUCAACAGAAAUAAUCCCAAUCAUUCAAAAUACUUAAGUCAUCUUGUGAGAUUUUAUGCUUAUCACAAUAUAUACAUCGCAGACAAACUAAAUAUCACAAUGUCAGUUUUUAUCUGUUAUCGUGCAGCCCUGAUUUGCAUUAAAAAAUUAACCGUUUUUAAUGAACAGGAUUUAACACAUUUUGAAAGAAUGUUUGUGAAGAUUGUGCAGUUUUAUUACCAUAUUAGUGUUUUUUUGUUUUGUUUUUUAUAAGGAAUAAAUAAAAUGUUAAUAGCAUUUUAAAAAUAACAUACUUGAUUUACUUUUUAAUCUUAAAGUAAUAAGCAAAACAAUUUUCUCAAUGAGCAUAUUAAUAUGCCUGAUGUUGUUGCAAAUUUAAUUAUUUUUAUUUGAUAUUUAUCUCUGAAUGUUAAUAGAAAUCAUUUUUAGUCCGCCCUAAUUUUUUUUUUCAUACAGAGAAAUUAAAUGUAUAUGAAUAACACAUUUUCACUCAUUUAUAAUGAGCUUUUAAUUAGAAAAAUGGCAUUAAUUAAAUCCAGCACAAUAUAAAUUGUAUGUUUAUGUGCAUACACAGUUGAAAGUCAUAUUAUUUUAUAAACGCUUUCAUUUCACAGUGGCUUUCUUUAUUUAUUACAGAAUAAAGUUUUUAAGUGGUAUUAAAACUUCACAAUAUGUACUUUUUAACCUGUAUAUAAAUGGGUCUAAUUUUACUGCAAAGUAUAAUUGUGUUAUUUCUUCUUGAUUUUAGGGCGAAAUAUGAGCUGGACAUGUUCUUGACAGGUUUCAUGAGAUUGGCCCAUCAUGUGCUUCCUACACGCUAAUACAAACACUCGUAGUCGACGUUUACUGUAGAUUUACGGGAGGACUUGAAAGCUGUUUGCUGUUGUGUAUAGAAUAUCUGAAGAAGAUUGUUUACGUUUUUAUGUUAUUUUUUUGUGUAAUAAUUACCAGACUGCCUAAGUUUAGUGUCAUAAUGUUUCAGAUGGAGGCCAGAAUAACCUCCAUAAUUGUUAGAAAACAAGAGUUACCAGAGAUAGAUGUAUUUUUAUUUGAUCAAGGUGUUUUUCUUUGUUGUUGCAUUGUUUUUUAAUGUCCUGUACUACUGCCUCACCAAACGUUAAAGUGUACCAGGCAACGUUCAUUUGUGUUUUCAUGUCUAUGUAACACUUUACUGACGUGUGAUCUCUGCUCUGUCAUUAGCUGGUUAAUAAAUAUACUAGUAUUUUACCAGCA